CACAUGGGGGUGCGGGUGUGCAGGUGCCAAGCGCCAUGGGUUAGGCCCGAUAUUGGAGUCCGGCCGCCCCCCGACAGCAGCCGCCUCCUGCUCCCCGCGCGCCCCAGGCGCCACCAUGUCGGGCGACAAACUUCUGAGCGAACUCGGCUAUAAGCUGGGACGCACGAUAGGCGAGGGCAGUUACUCCAAGGUGAAGGUGGCCACGUCCAAGAAGUACAAGGGCACAGUGGCCAUCAAGGUGGUGGACCGGCGGCGCGCGCCGCCCGACUUCGUCAACAAGUUUCUGCCGCGCGAGCUGUCCAUCCUACGGGGCGUGCGACACCCGCACAUUGUGCACGUCUUUGAGUUCAUAGAGGUGUGCAAUGGGAAGCUCUAUAUCGUGAUGGAGGCGGCUGCCACCGACCUGCUGCAGGCAGUGCAGCGCAGCGGGCGCAUUCCCGGGGGUCAGGCGCGUGACCUCUUCGCGCAGAUCGCUGGGGCUGUGCGUUACCUGCAUGACCACCACUUGGUGCACCGGGACCUCAAGUGCGAAAAUGUGUUGUUGAGCCCCGACGAGCGCCGCGUGAAGCUCACUGACUUUGGCUUUGGUCGCCAGGCACACGGCUAUCCUGACCUGAGCACCACCUACUGCGGCUCGGCCGCCUACGCGUCGCCUGAGGUACUCUUGGGUAUCCCAUACGACCCCAAGAAGUACGACGUGUGGAGCCUGGGCGUCGUGCUCUACGUCAUGGUCACCGGGUGCAUGCCCUUCGACGACUCGGACAUCGCUGGUCUGCCCAGGCGCCAGAAGCGUGGCGUCCUCUACCCCGAUGGCCUCGAGCUGUCCGAGCGCUGCAAGGCCCUGAUCGCAGAACUGCUGCAGUUCAGCCCGUCCGCCAGGCCCUCAGCGGGCCAGGUAGCGCGCAACGGCUGGCUGCGUGCUGGGGACUCCAGCUAGACGCCGGGGUUCCCGCCAUUCCCGCCGCCCCGAGCACUGCGCAAGCGCAGUGCACGCGCGCCAGGCGCGCUUCGGUACCCCCGCGAAGCCGACACGCGCCUCUGGGCACGCGCACUUCCCCCCUUUUUCCGGUCUCUGGAGGUCCCGGGCGGUAGUCGCCCCUGCUUAGAAUCUAGCUCCCCUCCCCACGAUCCCGAGAGCGGGAGGGUGCAAGCGCUUCCUCUGUUCCCCAAGAGAAGGCCUCGGGAGGGGAAGGGACGAGAAGAAAUGGAAGCAUUGCGACAGCGCGGAAUGAGCGAUGGCUGCAGGCAGGCGUUGGCUACCUGGAGGAGCUGCCAGCGAGUGGACGCGUGUGGAGGGCGUCCUUCUUUAGGCAGCCACGCAGGCUGGUGGGGGAAGGCACGCUCCGGGCGCUGCCUCCUUGGAACUUGCAAUAAACUCGCUCUUCCUCGCAGCU